AAAUUACCCCUCUCAUCUAAUUUCUCCCCUUCCCUGUCACUCAUUUGAACAUUCCAGAUCUGAGUAAAACCCUAACCCAUAAGCCAGCGGUGGAUUCGAAUCUGCCAUCACGCUGUCUUUGAUUUAUUCACGGUGUCAAAACAAGGUGACAAGGGAAUUUGGGUUUUUUAUAGGUUGCUGGACUAACCAACAUAGCUACACCUACGACGUAGCAAGAAACGGAUCAGUUACAGAGGUACAUACUGCCCCGUCGGGGUGACCAUCUUCGUGUUGUUUAAUUUGGCUUAUAUUUGUAAUGAAAUCUGCGUGCUUUGCUAUGAUAACAUCAACGAGACUGGUUCUUUGAUUAUCAAGGAUCCCAUAAUUUUAGGUUUUGAAUAACCAAUAAUGUAGGAAGUUUAAUUCUUGAAAUUCUUUUUGUGUUCUUCUGUUUUGGUAUUAUUUUUUUUGGAAUGUGUGCAUAUGUAUCAUAUAGAACGAAUAGGAAGUCACUACUUUGGUCAGCGGCUUACAAAACAUUUGACACAACCAUUUCGCCAUAGCCCCGAUGAGAACUCCAGUUAAUUCCGCGAGAUUACUGAUGAUGCUUGAAGACAUCAUGCUAUUAUACCGGGUAGAGAGCACGAUUCUCGUGCAGCGUUACAUCAUAGCCCGGACCAACCGAGCUAGGCGUAGGAUCAUUGAACAUGCUAGGCAGUACAGCUUGAUAAGUAAGGUUCCUCAUCAGUUGAAACACUUGGAUCGACUCAUUCAUGUUACUGAUGUUGACUGCAUAGUAAACUUAAGAAUGGAUCGCAACACAUUUGGGAAGUUGUGUCGCAUUCUCACUGCGCAGGGAGGCUUGAGCCCAGGGAAAGGAUUAGGCAUUGAAGAACAUGUGGUGAUUUUUUUGGGCGUCUUAGCGCACCCCGUGGUUCGUUUCAGUUUUUUCAGGUCCGGUUCGAUAGUGUCCCAUUACAUAAACAAGGUUUUGGGGGCUGUGUUGAGUCUCCACACAGUGGUAUUGUCGAAGCCUAAACCCGUGGCGGAUGAUUGCAUUGAUCACAGAUGGAAAUGGUUCAAGGGCUGUCUCGGUGCACUCGACGGUACACACAUCAACGUACUGGUUGGCACCAGUGACAAACCUCGUUCGCGUACUCAGGGAUGCGGUGGCGCGACCCAACGGACUAAGAGUUCCACAUGGCUGUUACUAUUUAUGUGACAACGGGUACGCCAAUAGCAACGGGUUUUUGACGCCGUACAAAGGAGUUCGAUACCACCUCAAGGAAUGGGGCAUAGGGAAUGCACAGCCACAAAAUCCGAAGGAAUUGUUCAACAUGAGGCACAGCAAGGCUAGGAAUGUAAUCGAGAGAGCCUUUGCGGUUUUGAAGAUGCGUUGGGGAAUAUUAUGUAGUGCGUCUUAUUACCCAAUUCAAACACAAAUCAGAUUAAUCAUGGCGUGUUUCCUUCUCCAUAAUUUUAUUCGCCACGAGAUGAGCACCGAUCCCUUUGAAGAAGCGGUUGAUGGAGAGAGCUCAGCAACCGGCCCGGAUCAAGUUAGUCCACAGCCUGAAUACAUAGACUAUGUAGACCCAACUCCAGAAUGGACUCAGUUUAGAGACUCCAUUGCGAUGGCAAUGUGGAACAAUAGAUAGAGCGUUUGUCACAGUCAUGUUAUUAGAUCCACCCAGACUUUGUGAACAACUUUGUACUUGCAACAACUGAAUUAACAUCUGCAUUAUGUCAUAGUAAUGUGUUGCCACAUGAUGUUCUAAUUCCAA